CAUGGAUCUUACUGCAUUCGAUGGUCUAACUAAUGAAGAAUUGAGAGCUAAAAACUUAGCAGAGUCUUCAAGAGUUCUUCUCUUGAGACAUGGAAAGUCCCAGUCUAACCAAGAAAAUGAUGAUCUGUUAGCUUCCGAGCAUACUGAUGAAGAUGUGAAGGCUCUCACAACCAAACUCGACUUAAUAGAUUGUUCCCUUUCUGAGAAAGGAUUCGCACAAUGAGAAGAAACUCAGCCUUUGGCAAAUCUUCUAAAUGUGAAGCAUGUAAUUGUCUCGCCAUUGAGGAGAGCAUUAGAAACUGCUCAUAAUGUGUUCAAGAAUCAUCCAAAUUUUGAGAACAUCAAGUUUACCCUACUCCCGGUGAUGAAGGAAUGUAUUGUCAGCACAGAUGAUCUUCCAGGAAACAUCCUCAAAAGGGUGAAAGACUACACAGAAAUAUUUGCAAAUUUCGAUACUUCAGAGUUGGAAAAAUACGAAGAUCCCUACAAUUUCUUCCUAUAUGACAUUGACAUGGACUGGGCUAGGCAAGUCCUAGCUGAAAUCUCACUGAAAGAAGAGAAGGAGGCUGAAGGGCUACAUCCAGAGGUAGUUAAUCUGUUAACCUCAAGGUUCCCUCUAUAUCUAGAGAGCGACAAGAGCUUACUGAAGAGAGUCAAGAAAGCCAAAGAGUUUGUAAAAGAAUUUAUCGAGAGAAAUACACUUGAAGGAGACGAAAAGGUUGUACUUGUAGGUCACUGCAACUUCUUCAAUUUUUGGACCAAUAAUUGGGCAAUAGACCCACUAGAUGAUGACAAGCAGUGAAAUGAAGGCGAGGCUAUUAAAGUCCCUGAGGAUGCUUAUUAUUUAGAAAACUGUGAGUUUUACCCAGAUGACAGUGGAUUCCCUAGAACAGACCAAUAAUUCUUCAGCAUUGGCAUAUCAAAUCUUAAGUUCUAU